CCGGGAACUGUCGCAACAACCAACAAAAAUGGCCACCAUGAUGAUGCGCUCUCGCGUUGCCGCCGGUGUGCGCCCGGCGCGCGCCACCGUCCGUGUGAGCGCCUCUGCUCGCCCUAUGUGGUACCCUGGCGCCACCGCCCCUAAGCAUCUGGAUGGCACCAUGCUGGGUGAGUACGGCUUCGACCCUCUCCGCCUGGGCACCAACCCCGAGCAGCUGAAGUGGUUCCGCGAGGCUGAGCUGACCAACGGCCGCUGGGCUAUGGCCGCUGUUGCUGGCAUCCUGUUCACGGAUGCUGUUGGCCUGCCCAAGUUCUGGCUGGCUGGCGCUGAGCAAUACGCGCUGGACACCCCCACCCUGGCGCUGAUCGAGCUGGCGGUGUUUGCGGUGCUGGAGGCCAAGCGGUACGACAUCUACAAGAAGACCGGAGAGUGCGGCCUGCUGUCGUUCGCCCCCUUCGACCCGCUGGGCAUGCGCAGCCCCGAGAUGAAGCUGCGGGAGCUGAAGAACGGCCGCCUGGCCAUGCUGGCGUUCGUGGGCUUCUGCUCCCAGGCCGCGGUGACCGGCAAGGGCCCCAUCGACUGCCUGACCACCCACCUGGCUGACCCCGGCCACAACAACAUCUACACCUCCUCCGUGGGUCCCGAGACCUGCGUCACCGUGGCUGUGCUGUGCGUGCUGCCCAUGAUCAUUGAGGCCACCAAGACCCUCAACCCGGGCAAGGAGUCCGUGCCGUACUUCCCCUGGAACGAGCCCUGGUCCAAGGUGUAAGUGACUGCGGUGACUACAGCACCAGCAACACACGGGGGCAGUAGGAUCGGCAACAGCAGCAGGAGCGGCAGUUGUGUUGUGUUGUCGCAUGCAUGGGCAGCUGCAUGGAUGGAUGCUGGGCGCCCCCCGCUAGGCAGUGGUGGUGUGCAAGCCCUAUGGGGGUUGUCCCACAGGGAAGGGCCGGCCGUGCCGUUUUCUGCCUGCAGCUGGGCAGCUGUAGCAUGGGCAGGGAGGCCAGUUGGCUUUGGACUGUCUUUGGGAGUGGAGUGUAGAAGGAGAGCUUGUUUUGGGUUUAGGAAGAGACGGGUGUGGAGCGGUGUUCACAGCCACAACGUGUUUCGGCGGGUUCGUUGCGGGCAUGAAGGGUGUGCGCAUCGUCGCCGACGUGAAGAAGAAAGAGUCGUGCAUCCCCAAUUUUGAAAGAGAAGAGAAGACCAAUACUCGUCCGUAGUACGGUUGUACUGC